ACGACGUCAAAAACGAUCCUUCACCUUCAAAAUUUACGGGACAGCACCCUGCACGACACCUUGCCUCGAACCAAGCUUCUGACCAAGCACACGACCACCGCUGCCAUCACACUCCGCUUAAAAGGCCGCCGCCAACUCACCCGCGCACCGCAGACACUCCCCGCCCCCGCCUUUGUUGACACACCGCUGCCCACGAUCCUUCCUGCUCACAUCGGUCUCGGUCUCAAGUGGAAACACUGGUAUGCAGUGAUCGGCAACUCCCACAAAGGCAGCGUCGUUUCGCGCUGCCAUGAGCGCUUGGAUACAAACACAUAACUGCACAGCUCUGGCGCGUGCUGGAGGGUGACCUCAAUAACACAAGGAGGACAAACGAACAUGGAAAGUCAGGUUGAGAGCGCCAUUGAGCUCGCUUUCAACCCAACCACCGACCAGAACCUCAAGGCACAAGCGUAUGAGUUUCUGAAUGUCUUGAAACAGGAUCCCAACGCGUGGCAAGUCUGCCUCGCGCUCUUCACACAGCAGCCUGCUCCUUCCGAGGUGGUACGGCUUGUCUGCCUAGAGGUCGUCAACAAUGCUGUGCAAACACAACGCCUAGACCGCGGUGGUUUGAGCGAUGUCAGAUACCGCUUGAUGGAAUAUGUUCGUCGACGGUACAGUCCCGGCUCGGCGGAAACAGACACACCAACCAUUCAGAACAAAGUCACGCAGACCCUCACUUACCUUUUCACCUCCCUCUACGCCUCAGACUGGACCGAGUUCUUCGACGAGUUUAUUGCACUUGCCAGCUCAGGAUCGGAAAUUGGUGCAGAUGGAGCGUAUGGUGGUGCAGUCCUGCUGCUGCGAAUUCUUGGAUCCAUUCAUGACGAGAUUGCCGAUGUGAUGAUUCCAAGGACCCAAGACGAGCAGAGACGCAGUACAGAACUCAAAGACUUGAUCCGGGCCAGGGAUGUCAACAAGAUCGCAACAGUCUGGCAGGAGAUUCUGUCCAGAUGGAGGCAGCUGGAUCUUGCCUUGGUAGAGAUGUGCUUGCGGACGAUCGCCAAAUGGGUCAGCUGGAUCGACAUAUGGCUUGUCAUCAAUGAACGCAUCCAAAGCGCCCUCUUAGAAAUUGCCGGCCAGCAGGGAACAUUCAGCGCGGACAGCCGAGAGGCAAAAGCACGCGAUGCCGCCAUUGACACCUUCACUGAAACUGUUGGCAAGAAGAUGCAGCCAAACGACAAGAUUGAACUUAUCAAUUACCUCAACUUGGGCUCCAUCGUCGGACAGCUCGUUGUCAGUCCUGCGCUCGCGGAACUGCGCUCAACUUCUGAUUACGACACCGACCUUGCGGAAACAGUGGCUAAACUGGUGAAUAACGUCGUAUUCGAUGUGGUCAAGGUCCUCGACAACGACAACAUUGAUGCCCAAACGAGAACGAAGGCCGACGAGCAACUGCAGACAUUUGUACCUUAUCUGCUACGCUUCUUCGCCGAUGAAUACGAUGAGAUCUGUUCGGCCGUGAUUCCUUCAUUGACAGAUCUGCUCACCAUGUUUCGCAAACUCAACAAGUCGAAAGGUGGACUUCCUGGUCACUAUUCGGCAAUGUUGCAGCCGAUCUUGGACGCCAUCAUUGCCAAAAUGAAAUACGAUGAUACUGCCAACUGGGGUGACGAGGAUGAGCAGACCGACGAAGCUGAAUUCCAGGAGCUCAGAAAGCGCCUACAUGUCCUGCAGCAGACCGUUGCAGCCGUCGACGAAACCAUGUACAUGGACACGUUGACUAGGGUUGUGGCAAACACCUUGGGACAACUUGGCUCAGAGGAUCGUCCGAACUGGAGGGAUCUCGACCUGGCUCUGUUGGAGAUGCAUCACUUCGGCGAGCUGGCCAUCAGAAAUGGUGGCUUGUACAGCAAAAGCAAGCCUACUUCCGAGGCCGCUUCGCGAUUAGUUGAAAUGAUGUCGACCCUGGUCGCCUCGGACCUGGCGAGGUAUCCGCACCCGGCGGUGCAGCUGCAGUACAUGGAAUUGUGCGUUCGUUACGUGCAGUUCUUCGAACAAAAUGCCACCGGAAUUCCCAAAGUGCUCGAGAAUUUCGUGACCUUCAUCCACAGUGAUCAGAAUAAGGUCCGACUCCGGUCGUGGUAUCUAUUCCAGCGCUUUGUCAAACACUUGCGAGCACAGCUGGGCGAGUUCGCCCAGACCAUCGUACAGGCUGUCUCUGAUCUUUUGACGAUCAAAGCGGAGCUUCCAGACGACAAGGAUGAGGACGACGACUCUUCGGGCGAUGGGAUUUCUACUGAUGGCGCUUUCCAAAACCAGCUAUAUCUGUUCGAAGCCAUUGGGCAAGUGUCGUCGACGCACAAUGUGGCGACACCGACGAAGGUCGCCAUCGCGAAACUGGUCAUUGAACCGCUCUCACAGGAUCUGAACAACCAUCUAGCCUCAGCUAGAAACGGAGACGAGAGAGCGAUCUUGCAGGUACACCACGUUAUCAUGGCACUCGGUUCGCUCGCGAACGGAUACUCGGAUUGGACUCCUGGUGCUCAAGCCAGCACUCCACCACCACCAGAGGUAGCGCAGGAGUUUGAGUCUGCCGGCGAGACAGUGCUGCUUGCACUCGAGAAUCUCAAGCACAACUCAGAGCUGCGAGCUGCCGCCCGCCACGCUUUCUCUCGCUUCCUGGGAGUUCUUGGAUCGCGCGUGCUGCCACAGCUUCCACGUUGGAUUGAAGGUCUCUUGUCAUCUGCUUCGUCCAACGACGAGAUGGCAAUGUUCCUUCGCACCCUGGGCCAAGUCGUUUAUGGCUUCAAGACCGAGAUCUCUACCAUUCUUGACCAGCUGCUAACGCCGCUCCUGCAGCGCGUUUUCACUGGCUUCUCGCAAGAGAUCACAGGCACCGACGACGAGAUUCAGCUGAAGGAGCUGAGGCGCGAAUAUCUCAACUUUGUUCUGGUGAUCUUGAACCACGAUCUCGGCUCUGUGCUCGUUUCGCCUGCGAAUCAAGGCAUGUUUGAUACUUUCGUGGCUUCCAUCACGCGCUUCUCCUGCGACACGUCAGAUCCUCAGAGCGCACGACUGGCCUUCGCGGUCUUGAAUAGAAUCACAAGCAUCUGGGGCGGUCCGGACAUAGCUGUCGGCAGUGAUGCAGUCGCCCAGCCAGCCUUGCCAGGCUUCGACACUUUCAUUCUCUCGCAGUUUGCACCUCUACCAUGGACCCUGGUGUCAAGUCAAGGCUUCAAUGCGCAAGACGCGCAAGUGAGGAGUGUGCUUCUCGAAGCUGCAGCGCUGCAAUGGACGAUUCUGCGUAAGAACGGGAUGGCCUACAACACUCAGUUGCAAAACGAAUUGCGCAACCUUGGUGCUGGUGACGAUGGCAUUCAAUCUUAUCUUACGAGCAUAAGCGGAGAUGUGCUCGUGUUCAGGAAGUUCUUCAGUACGUUCAUUGCUCAGGCGAAGAGGUGAGGCAAUGGUUGUGGAAUGGUAUCAAUGCAUGCUCAUGAGACACUUUUCAAAAAAGCCGUUGAGGGAAAUUCAGCAUUUUCAGGGCGUGCGGCGACUCAAUAGAUACCCUGUUGUUGGAGCGUAGAUAGCGUAUGGCUAGAUGAGGCAAUGAUUGGAACUAUGAUCUUCAGGCUCACGAGUGCAACUGGAGCCCAU